GAUGAGUUUGAUGCCUUCUGGUACAAGGUGAAAAAAGCAGUUUUCACAUUGAUAGGAAGACAAAGGCAUCAUGUUCUGUUCUUGUGAUGAAAACCCAUGUUGGAGAUCUUAAUUUUUUUUAUAUACAUGUGAAGCCAUUUUGGAUUUGCUGAGGAUUUAGGGUUUUGUUUUGUGGGAUUCUCAAGGAAUUUGAUUCUCUUUCCAUGUUUGUGGUUGGCCUAUUUAUUUGUAGAUUCGGUACUAGGGUUUGAUCAUAGUUGCUGAGUUUAGAGUGGAACUUGAAGUUCUUCGAUCUUCACAUUAAUCUUGUGAGUAAGGAGCGGCAACCAUGAACGCACUAGUGGCAACCAACAGAAACUUUAAGCUGGCAGCCAGGCUGCUUGGGCUCGACUCCAAGCUUGAGAAGAGCUUGCUUAUUCCAUUCAGAGAAAUCAAGGUUGAAUGCACCAUACCCAAAGAUGAUGGGACAUUGGCAUCUUUUGUUGGGUUCAGGGUCCAGCAUGACAAUGCUAGAGGCCCAAUGAAGGGGGGAAUUAGAUAUCACCCAGAGGUUGAUCCAGAUGAGGUGAAUGCAUUAGCACAGCUCAUGACAUGGAAGACAGCAGUAGCAAAUAUCCCAUAUGGUGGGGCUAAAGGUGGGAUAGGAUGUAAUCCAGGGGAUUUAAGCAUAUCUGAGCUAGAGAGACUCACCAGAGUUUUCACACAAAAGAUUCAUGAUCUGAUAGGGAUUCACACUGAUGUUCCAGCUCCAGAUAUGGGAACUGGACCCCAGACAAUGGCAUGGAUUCUAGAUGAAUACUCCAAAUUCCAUGGUUAUUCACCUGCAGUUGUGACUGGAAAGCCUACUGACCUCGGAGGAUCUCUAGGCAGAGAUGCUGCCACCGGAAGAGGAGUCCUCUUUGCCACAGAAGCCUUGCUUAAUGAGCAUGGCAUGUCCAUAUCUGGCCAACGGUUUGUCAUCCAGGGUUUCGGCAACGUGGGUUCCUGGGCUGCCCAAUUGAUCAAUGAGCAAGGUGGGAAGAUAGUUGCUGUAAGUGAUAUCUCUGGAGCUAUAAAGAACAAAAAUGGAAUAGAUAUUCCAAGCCUAGUCAAACAUGUACAGGAACAUAAGGGUGUCAAAGGAUUCCAUGGUGGGGAUCCAAUAGAUCCUAAAUCAAUAUUAGUUGAGGAUUGUGAUAUUCUCAUUCCAGCAGCUCUUGGGGGAGUCAUCAACAGAGAAAAUGCAAAUGAAAUAAAAGCCAAAUUCAUUAUUGAAGCUGCCAACCAUCCAACUGAUCCGGAGGCCGAUGAGAUUUUAUCAAAAAAAGGAGUUGCUAUUCUUCCAGACAUAUAUGCAAACUCUGGAGGAGUUACCGUUAGUUAUUUUGAGUGGGUGCAGAACAUUCAAGGUUUCAUGUGGGAUGAGGAGAAAGUGAAUAACGAGCUCAAGACUUACAUGACCAAAGGAUUCAAAGAUGUGAAGGAGAUGUGCAAGACCCACAACUGCGAUCUCCGUAUGGGAGCCUUCACUCUAGGAGUUAAUCGCGUCGCUCGAGCUACUGUUCUUAGAGGUUGGGAAGCCUAAGAAUGCUGCUACUAUGAAUAAAGGAGGCUUCAAUGCAACUCCUAAUUCUUGUCGAGUAAUUUGGUAUUUCUCAUGCUUGUCUGCGAGGGAAACUUUCAACAGGGUUUUGCUAUAUGUAUUGCCUUUUAUUUCCACCUUGAGUUCUUGCUCUUUUGGCGAUUUCUAUUGCUUGUGAAUCAUCGAUCAAAGAAUAGAGAGGAGAGCCUGACAUUCAAUGUUUUAGAAGCA